AUGAUGAAAACCGUUUCAAGAACUGGGGUCAAAGAAUUUGGAAUCAUUCCAUUAGAUCCUUUACCGUUAAGAAAUAUAUCUGCAACUGUCUUGGACGGUAUAACUAUCAAUGUAUCUGAAGGCGCAAUGAAGGGCAUGAAAAACUGCGUAAUUAAUGAGUUCAAUAUCGAUUGGGAAAAAGAAAGAGGAUAUAUGAAUGUCACGUGUGACGUUUUAUCUCUCAAAGGUCAAAUCGUAGUCUCUGGUGAAAAUCCAGAGAUACAAAGUACUAUUGGUAGCAAUACUCUAAACGGUCAAGGUAUAGCCGAAAUAAAACUAGAUAACACGAAUUUGUACAUCGAAGUCUCAAUUUAUUUGACAAAGAAAGAUGGUGAGAUUUACCUCACGAUGUCUAACAAAAAUAGGAUAUAUUUAUAUGACAUUGGGAAGGCGCAUUUUAUAACUGAAAAAGUCAUGUUUCCAAACGAUGACUUAAGUCAAAUCGUAUCAUCCUAUUUAAAUGAUAACUGGAGGACAACUAUGAAGCAAUUCGGAUCUGUAUUCAUGAACAAAGCACUGGAGUUGUUCAUUGCUCUUAUAGCGAAAUUCUGUGAUGCAAUUCCAACCAGCAAAUAUAUUACUGAAGACCUUAAUCCUUUCCUUAAACAU